UUUGUUUUUAUCAUAAAUAAUAUUAUAUUAUUAUAAUAAUAUCAUUGCUUUGCAAAAUCCAGACUGAAAUCAUUCAUGAAUAAUAAUUCACUAAUAAUACUAAUAAUGGGUAAUUGCUAAUCAUCAAAUUCAUUCAUCACUGACGAGUCGGCAACCAAUUAACUGCAAUAAAUGAGGGAUUAGUGUAAUAUAUAUAUUAACUAUAUGUAAUAAUGAAAAUGAUAAUCAUUAUUAUUUAUUAUGUGAAAUGCUAAUUAUUAGUGAUAAUUCAUGACAUUGUUUAAUGAAUAAAAUAAUAUAAAAAAUAUAAUAAUAAUAUAAAAAAUCAAAAAGCACCAAAAAAUAUGAGCACCAAAUACAUUUUAUCGUUGUAUCAUAACUUGUUGUGGCCUUGCAGGAGAAACGUUAGCCGCCCCUAGCGGCCCCCCAUGUGUGUACACCCCCCCCCACCCCCCCACCCCGUGUUUGCCUUCUUCCUGAUUUCAUUUAUUGAAAUAUUAGUCAAUAAAAAGACAAGUGGAGCCAAAAUGGAGGCAUCUUCUCCAGGUCCUGUGAAACAUCCAAACAGGCCGAGACACUACCACCGCCAUAUUUGACCGGCGCUGCUUCGACGCCAGAGGGAAUUGAACACACUCCUUCCAAAAAGUCCAGCUUUUGUCCGGUCAGACCACAGAGUAUUUCCCAAAAGGUCUUGGGGAUCAUCAAGAUGUUCUCCAGCCUUCAUGAUCUUCUUGUUCUUCUUCUUCUUCUGAAACAAUCAUCGAGAGGCACUAUGGACGGGCGUUGGCCGUGUCGUCCUCGGAGGCUGGCGUCCUGACCCCGAACGGCACCGCAGACACGUCUGGGAGGAGUCAGGGGGAGGAGUCAGGACCGCACCCGUCCGUGGUCAUGUACUGGUCUCUCUCUGUGGCCAUCUUCUCCAUCGGGGGCAUGGUCUCCUCCUUCCUGGUGGGAUUCGUGGGGGACCGGAGAGGCCGGGUCAAGGGCAUGCUGAUGGUCAACGUCUUGGCUGUGGCGGCUGGACUCCUGAUGGGGCUGUGCAAGAUGUGGAAGCCUCACGUCAUGGUCAUCACGGGCCGCGCCAUCAUGGGCUUUUACUGCGGCCUGUCGUCGGGCCUGGUCCCCAUGUACAUUGGAGAGAUCGCCCCCAAAGCUUACAGGGGGGCCUUGGGGACUCUGCACCAGCUGGCUAUCGUUGUUGGUAUCCUCAUCAGCCAGGUUCUGGGCUUGGACUUUAUCCUGGGUAAUGACGACAUGUGGCCCCUGCUGCUGGGUCUCUCAGGGGCCCCGGCCGUCUUGCAGUCCCUCCUGCUGCCGCUGUGCCCCGAGAGCCCCCGCUACCUUUACAUCCUGCUGGGCAGGGAACAGGAGGCUAAGGAAAGUCUGUAUCGCCUGAAGGGGGCGUACGACGCGUCUGCUGAUCUAGAAGAGAUGAGGAGGGAGAAAGAGGACGCCGACAAGGAGCCUCGGGUCUCCAUCCUGUCUUUGAUCUGCUCCUCCGUGUACCGACGCCAGCUGUUUGUGGCGCUGAUGAUGCAUCUCUCCCAGCAGUUGUCGGGCAUCAACGCGAUAUUUUACUACUCCACAGCUAUCUUCACGCAGGCUGGCAUCGCUCAGCCCGUCUACGCCACCAUCGGCGUGGGCGUCAUCAACACCAUCUUCACCCUGGUGUCUGUGGCCCUGGUGGACCGGGCCGGCAGGCGCACCCUGACCCUGGUGGGCUUGGGCGGGAUGUGCUGCUGCGCCAUCGCCAUGACGGUCGGCCUCAAAUUCCAGGACGAGUACUCCUGGAUGAGCUACUUCAGCAUGGCGGCCAUCUUCCUCUUUGUCAGCUUCUUUGAGAUCGGGCCGGGUCCCAUCCCGUGGUUCAUCGUGGCCGAGCUCUUCAGCCAGGGUCCUCGGCCGGCGGCCAUUGCUCUGGCCGGCUGCUGCAAUUGGACCAGCAACUUCCUCGUAGGCAUGACCUUCUCUUACAUACAGGCCUGGCUGGGUCCGUACGUGUUCAUCCUGUUUGCCGCGCUGCUGUUGGGCUUCACCUUGUUCACGUACCUGCGGAUGCCCGAGACCAAGGGCAAGACCUUCGAUGAGAUUGCCGCCAUAUUCCAAAAGGGGCGGAAAAAGGCGGCACGUUAUGCCAAAGACGGCCAAGAACUGCAGCAGCUCAAAGCGGCGACGACACAAGCUUGAGGACCGUAGGACUUUGCACGAUCCCGUUAGUGUUAUCAUAAUUAGUAUUAUCAUAACUAGUAUUAUCAUAAUUAAGGCAUCAAUGCAAUGACGUUUAAAAUCCACGCCAACCAAAUGCAAAUCCUUACAUGAAAUUAUGAUUAUUAACAGCAAUUCCACUAGCUCCGCCUCCAGGUUAACGUCUAAGGAUUUGAGAGGAUGCUUUACCUCCAACAUGUCAGUAUUGCCUUUGUUAAUAAAUAUCAUAAUUAAGCUCAAACGGAAGAUGGAGGAUUAGGGUCACGCCAAAAGGAACAUUUGAAAAGGUCAUCAAAGUUUUAUAAAACAUUAGAAAAUCGUUAAUUACGGGAAAAACUAUGAAGUCGGAAUUUAUCAUGAAAAGUCUUAAUAUUUUGACAACAAAACAAAAGGUAAAUUUUGGGAAAAAAUUGCAACAUUUUGAGAAUAAAGUUGUUUUAGUUUAAAGUUGAAAAAAGUUGUAAUCUUAAAAUCCAAAUUUUACGCAAAUAGUGAGUACAGUCAAGUCAUAAUGCAUGAAUAUAUAUAUAUAUAUAUAUAUAAAAUAAAAAACUAAUAAAUAAUAAAGUUUUUGUAAUGCCACAAAAAGUUAAUAAUAUAAUAAUAUUUAUUAUUAAUAAUAAUAAUAAAAUUGAAAAAUAUAUAUUAUUAUAAUAUCCCCAAAUUCUGACUUUAUUCAUUGAAUAUUUGGACUGGAUUAUCAUGAUAUUUUUGAGUUGUUUAUUGGCCCUAGUAGUCCUUUCUUCCAUAUUCCUUAUGUCAUGAAUGGGAUAAUUACAUUCCUUGCAUUUGCUCUACGACAGUUAUUGAUAUUUUUAGCUUUCCAUUUUGAACGGUACCAAGAUGAAUGCAUUUCUGUAUGUAUAAUUAACUGCUUUUAAUUAUUAUGUGACUACCUCAUUGUGAUGCUGUUAUUGAAACUUUGUUGUGAUCUCAUUGUGUUUCUGAUGUAUUGUUUUGUUUAAGAGUUAAAAGAAGAUAGAAUGGAG